CUCAGCACACAUAGAACUUGUACAGUAGGGACAGGCAAACGUAACUCUCUGAGAGGCCCAAAUACCGUCAGAGGAGACUCCAAUAUCACUGGGAGACACCAAUAUCACUGGGUGAGACUCCAAUAUCACUGGGUGAGACUCCAAUAUCACUGGGUGAGACUCCAAUAUCACUGGGAGACACCAAUAUCACUGGGUGAGACUCCAAUAUCACUGGGAGACACCAAUAUCACUGGGAGACACCAAUAUCACUGGGUGAGACUCCAAUAUCACUGGGAGACACCAAUAUCACUGGGUGAGACUCCAAUAUCACUGAGAGACACCAAUAUCACUGGGAGACACCAAUAUCACUGGGUGAGACUCCAAUAUCACUGGGAGACACCAAUAUCACUGGGUGAGACUCCAAUAUCACUGGGAGACACCAAUAUCACUGGGUGAGACAAAAAUACCACUGGGAGAGACAAAAAUACCACUGGGAGAGACAAAAAUACCACUGGGAGAGACAUCAAUACAAUCAGAGGAGACUCCAAUAUCACUGGGAGACACCAAUACCACUGGGAGACACCAAUAUCACUGGGAGACACCAAUAUCACUGGGAGACACCAAUACCACUGGGUGAGACAAAAAUACCACUGGGAGACACCAAUACCACUGGGUGAGACAAAAAUACCACUGGGAGACACCAAUACCACUGGGUGAGACAAAAAUACCACUGGGUGAGACAAAAAUACCACUGGGUGAGACAAAAAUACCACUGGGAGUGACAUCAAUACAAUCAGAGUAGACACCAAAACCACUGGGUGAGACAAAAAAAACACUGGGUGAAACACCAAUACCAUCAGAGGAGACUCCAAUACCGCUGGGUGAGACAAAAAUACCACUGGGAGGUACAUCAGUACCACUGGGUGAGACAAAAAUACCACUGGGAGGUACAUCAGUACCACUGGGUGAGACAAAAAUACCACUGGGAGGUACAUCAGUACCACUGGGUGAGACAAAAAUACCACUGGGAGGUACAUCAGUACCACUGGGUGAGACAAAAAUACCACUGGGAGGUACAUCAGUACCACUGGGUGAGACAAAAAUACCACUGGGAGGUACAUCAGUACCACUGGGUGAGACAAAAAUACCACUGGGAGGUACAUCAGUACCACUGGGUGAGACAAAAAUACCACUGGGAGGUACAUCAGUACCACUGGGUGAGACAAAAAUACCACUGGGAGGUACAUCAGUACCACUGGGUGAGUCAACAAUACUUCUGUGAGAGGCACAGACACAAUCAGAGGAGACAGAAAUUCCAGUGUGAGAAGCAAAACUACUACUGGGUCAACAGUACUUCUGUGAGAUACAAACCUUAUUUAAUAAACACAAGUCUAUCUGGGAAGAUAUAAUUAUCACUGAGAGAGAUACAGAGGGUGACGGCAGACGGACAGAUCCUUCAGUAUUUGCAACGAAGCCACUGAGAGAAACAAAGAGACAAUCUCAUGUAAGGGAAAGUCAUACUGUACUAGCUGGAAUCUUUGUUUGGAUACAACAUUUUCAGCUAUGAAAGGUACCAGGAGGUUUAAGCACGUGAUUGAUACUCCUGAUCCAGGAAAAUGGGAGCUGGCUGGGUAUGAAGAAACAAUGCCAAUCACUGAGAAAUCAAACCCAAUUACCCGAGAGCUGGAUAAGGCUGACCCCAACCAACUGGUGCAGCUGCUGAGAGACUGCGAUGCAGAAAUAUUUCAGGAAGAGGACGUCGCUAUCCUGAACUACCAGAGGUUAUACAGUGAGUCUAUCCUGAAGACUGUGGGCGAUAUCGCAAAGAGCGUGCAAGAGAUAUUAAAGACUCCUGAUGAUGGGCUAGUCGUACUAAGCGGGUGUGGGGCAUCAGGAAGGCUGGCGUUACUUCUUGCGAAUUCUUUCAAUCGCUUGUUAAAGGGUCUUCAUAUAACCCCAUGUUACACCUACAUCAUCUCAGGAGGAGACAGAUCCCUUGUGACAUCUCAGGAGGCUUAUGAAGACCACCCACUGCUGGGAGCUGAAGAGCUGGAGAAGGUGUGUGAAGGCAAGAAGAAGGUGGUGUUCAUUGGAAUUACUUGUGGUUUAUCGGCCCCCUUCAUUGCUGGACAGCUGGACUUCUGUAUGAGGAACCUGGAUGUAUUUGUUCCAGUUCUGGUGGGAUUUAACCCAGUCAGUAUGGCUCGGAAUGACACCAUAGAAGGGUGGCACUCCACCUUCCGGCAGGUGGCCGAGCAUAUGCAGAACUUACAGGACACCCAGCGGGUGUUUAUCCUAAAUCCUGCAGUGGGACCUGAAGCAAUCAGCGGAUCCUCAAGUAUGAAGGGAGGAAGUGCAACCAAGAUCCUGCUAGAGACCCUCUUCCUGGUAGCGCAUAAAGCCGAGUCCAACGUGGAGGUGACAGAGAAAUGCUUGUUGGAAAUCCUCAGGACGUAUGAAAGGGCUCACAAAGUGACCUAUGCACAGAGCAAGAAAAUAGCAGCUUUGGUGAAACAGACAGCAACAAGCUUACAGAAAAAAGGGCAUCUGUACAUCCUUGGCUGGAGAACUCUGGGGUUGAUGGGUAUCAUGGAAGCUGUGAACUGUGUGCCCUCAUUUCAAGCAGAUUGGAGAGACGUCCGCGGAUUUAUCAGUGGAGGGUACCAGACUAUGGAAAACAAGGAAGGAGACCUCACAUCCGAGGGCCCAGAGUUUGCCGUCUCCCAUGAAGAUUUUGUAAAGAGCGUUCUCCCAUCACUCUCAGAAACAGAUACAGUGCUCUUUAUAUUUACUCUAGACGAUGAACUGAGUGAGGUAGAGAAACUGGUGACAUUAGUGAAGGACAAGACAUCUAAUAUACACGCGAUAUCUCAUGCCACGGCUGGACAGUACCUCCCGAAUCCUACCAAGAAGAUCAUUCCAAACAUUAUUGGAAUCACAUGGCCAAUUCUGUUCCUAGAGUAUGAAGGUGCCUUUAUACAGAUGUUCCAGAGGGAGCUCAGCACUAAGUGGAUUCUGAACACAAUAACCAGCGGAGCUCAUGUCCUCAGGGGGAAAGUGUACAGGAAUCUCAUGGUGGACUUUAAAAUCAGCAACACUAAACUGUUCCAAAGGGCUCUGUCUGUGCUGCAGAGAAUUACAGGCCACUCUAAGCAGCGCUGCACAGAUGCUGUUCUUCAGUCCAUCUAUAGAGAAGAGUUUGGUUCUGCACAAACAGAGAAUGCAGAGAUUUCAAAACACGUGGAGGCAGCUUCUUCAUGCGAUAAAGUUCUUCCUGUAGCGAUCAUCAGUUUGCUCCGUAACUGCACUAUACAAGAGGCCAGAUCUCGGUUAGACGCCUCCGGAACUACACGAGCUGCCAUUGAGGCCUCUAUCAUUGUGCCAGGAAGGAAGAGAGGAGCUCAGAGUACAGAACCUGAAGAACAAAGUUGAUGAAAGUAAACAGAGUGUCUAGAAACCUUUAGAUUCAAUUUCCAGAUAUAAAGCCCCAAACUAAACCAUAAUACUGUUUUUUUUUAAGUUGUGCUACAAAACCUUUAGAUCAAAUCUUUACAAGCUGUAUAAAAUCUUAUACUAAUCUAUUCUGAAUGUGCAUUUUAUGUGAUAACUUUCUAAUUAAAAUAAAUGUGUAUGGUGAGUUGACUUGCAAUACAAAUGUUAA